AUGGAUGCAAAUGGUGAACUCGAGCUGAAAAGUCAAGAGCAACAGGAUGGUUGCAAGAGACGGAGUACAGAGGGUGGACGACAGUCUCCUCCAUUUUCUCCCACAAAGACAAAAGUUCCCAGACACAACAGACCUUCAGACAUUGAUGACCAGCUGGUCAAAGCUGGCGAGUCUCUGCAGUACUGCAUGUUUGCCGACGAUAUUGCCCCGUCCAAAUUUGAGGUGCCUAGGUACCCUAUCCAGGAGAAGGAAAGCCGGGAGUAUUUUGAACGUCAGUUGUCCCAGAGCUUGCCCGCUGCUGGAGUCCAUUCAUCUGGGGCUGCGGAGCGGCCCCAGAGCAACAAGCCCCGCUUCAGCCACAUGUCGAAGAUUGACAGUGCCAUCCCGCUGCAGAUUGCUGCUACCAUGGAGGAGGAGUACGAGCUACUGCCCGACUUCCAGAGGAUCAGCGUUAGUGGCGAGGACACCAGCGGGGUCCCAUUCAAGGACCUUCAGUCAGCUUCCAAAAUGCUGGUCAGAGCCCUGAUAUUGCGGGAGAAGUACAUGGCCAUGAGCCAGCAGACGUUUCCCCAGGUGGCUGCCAGGUUUCUGGAAAGUUUGGAGGGAGACGAGGCAUUCGGAGCCCUCAAGUCUGGAUUUGUCCGGCUGACCAGCCUGGAAGUUAUAAGAAAAAGAAACAUUUAUGACCAUCCCAUUCACGCUCCUCCUAGGCAUGGAGAUCCAUUUCAGGUGAAAUUCAACUCCCCAGCCAACUGUGUCCUGAGAUUUGAGAAAGGGGUCAUGUGUGUGUACCCCAGUCAAGAAGCUGCCGACAGCAACAAGCCCUUUGACUGGAUUCACCCCAAUCUGGAGGAGUUCCUCAAGGAUCAGAAGAUGAUGUUUGCCCUCAUCAGUGACGGACCAUUGAAGUCGUUCUGCUACCGGAGGCUGAGCUACUUGGGCCACAAGUACCAGCUACAUGUGUUGCUCAACGAGCUGAAGGAGUCGGCGGCCCAGAAGGAGGUCCCACACAGGGAUUUUUACAAUGUUCACAAGGUGGACACACACGUACAUGCAUCAUCCGGCAUGAAUCAGAAGCACCUGCUGCGCUUUAUCAAGAAGACCAUGAAGACCUGCAAAGAUGAUGUGGUGUGUAAAAAUAAAGAUGGGCAGAUCCUGACCCUUGCAGAGGUUUUCCAGUCCAUGAACCUAACGCCCUAUGACCUCAGUGUGGACAUGCUGGACAUGCAUGCUGACCGCAACACUUUCCACCGGUUUGACAAGUUCAAUGCCAAAUACAACCCUGUCGGUGAGAGCAGGCUGCGGGAGGUUUUCAUGAAGACUGACAAUCACAUUGGAGGGCUGUACUUUGCCAAAGUUAUCAAG